AUGAAGUUAGAAAAGGAUCAGGCCUUUCUCCUCGCCUCUGGUAAGCUCACAAGGGAUUUCUUCCCUAGAGGCAUCGUCACUCUAACUGUGAUUGCAGGAACUUACCUAGCGCAAGUCACCAAGGAAAUUGAUUUCCUCAUAGUUGAUUGCCCUUCAACAUACAACAUCAUCCUGGGAAGACCUACACUUAACAGACUAAAAGUAGUGAUGUCAACAUAUCACUUGAAGUUGAAGUUUCCAAUAGCCUAUGGAGUAGGAAAAAUCAGAGGAGACCAAGUUCUGGCAAGAGAGUGCUAUCAAGUUGCCCUGGCAUCGAGAGAGAACUACACAUGGGUGAUCAAUGAACCAGAACCCAUUCUUGAACCAUCAGAAACACCACAAAAAGUUAAGAUCGUCCCAGGAGAUUUGACAAAGGUAUUGAAGAUCGGAACAGCACUCCCAACCUUAGAGAAAGAGAAAAUGAUCUCCUUCCUAAGGGCAAACCAAGAUGUUUUCGCUUGGAAAUACGAGGAUAUGCCCGGGAUUGGUAGGAAGAUCAUACAACAUCAUCUCAACGUCAACCUAGAGUGCAAACUUGUGCAACAAAAACAGAGAAUAUUUGCACCAGAAUGCAACGAAGCUGUGACUGAAGAAGUAGAGAAGCAACUAGAGGCGGAUUUCAUCAGGGAGGUAUUCUAUCCAGAUUGGCUAGCAAAUGUGGUUAUGGUAAAGAAGAGCAAUGGCAAGUGGAGAAUGUGCGUCGAUUUUAUAGACCUGAAUAAGGCCUGCCCAAAAGACAGCUUCCUUUUGCCAAGGAUUGACCAGCUGGUAGACUCUAUUGCUAGACACAAGCUAUUGAGUUUCAUGGAUGCAUUCUCUAGAUACAAUUAG